AUGGAUGACUCUUUUUUGACAGAGUAUAGAGCAUCAUGUGUUGCACAACGUAUAGCAAAUUUAACAUUAGAUACAGUGCUUUAUUUAUCUGAUAAUGAAUUUACUCGUGUUGAACAAGACCCAAAAAUAGGAACUUUAUUAUGGCCUGAUUGGCAUUAUGGUGUAGUGAGUAUGUAUGGGACACAUUUAACAGUAAAUCAUUUAUUAGUUUCUGAAAAGCUUGAUAUAAAAAAAGUAGAUGAAUUAUUAGAUCAAUCAACAACAAAUGAAAAUCCAGAUGAUUUAGAAAAAAAUCAUCGUUUACAUUUACAUUGUUGGCAUACAGAUAAACAAUUUUCAAAAUUUCAAUUUAAAGCUGAAAACUAUAACCAUAUAGAUCCACGUACACCUAUUAAUGAUACAUUAGCUCAAUCUUAUGUAAGUCUAAUUAAUUAA